AUGGCCACAAAUAGUCUGUCUGCGUGGUAUUUCUUCCUUUCAGUUCUUUAUAUGCUUACUCUACCUUACAAUUGUCAUCCCCUUACAGUUGGUGGAGACAGCAUCGCUUUGGGAGCUUCUCUCACUGGAAAUCGGAGCAUAGUUUCAAAGAACGGCACCUUCGAAUUGGGAUUCUUUUGUCCAAACGGAACAAAUAACUGGUACAUCGGCAUCUGGUAUGCCCAAAUGUCUGACAAGACUAUUGUUUGGGUGGCUAAUAGAGAGACUCCCAUCAGAAACAAGCCAGGCGUUUUGAAUCUAACAACUGACGGCUAUCUCAAACUGUAUGAUUCAGAUGGGCGAUCAAUAUGGUCAACAAGAAAGAACCAGAAAGCUAUAGCCUCUAGAGCUAUGAUAUUGGAUUCUGGUAGUUUUGUUAUGUUGGGCGCAAACAACAUUUCUGAAAUUGUGUGGGAGAGUUUCUUGUAUCCAGCAGACACAUGGUUGUCGGGAAUGAAGAUGUGGAAAGGCAUGAAGCUAACAUCUUGGAAGAGUUCGUUGGAUCCAGCACCUGGGCCCUUCUCUUUAGAAAUGGAUCCAGCCCCAGGCAAGACGCAGUUUUUGCUGGUGUAUAAGGACAAUAUUACUUACUGGAGCACCGGAGAGUGGGUUGUUGACCAUUUCAGCGGUAUGCCAGAUAUGUUGAAUAAUUUCGCAUCCGAAACUUUUAGAUUACCCUUUGUAAAGAUUUCUCCCACAAAGAUGUACUUCACAUAUAUUCAAAUAUCAAAAUUUGAUAUUGUGCAGCGUCUAGUCCUGUACAAAACUGGAGAUGUACGAUCUUUCUAUCGUUAUAAUAGCAGCUGGAUUAACAUCUGGUCUGUGCCAAAAGACCUGUGCUUUGUUUAUGAUAUAUGUGGGGCUUAUGGAGCAUGCAACAGAAACAAUCUUCAAUUUUGCAGCUGUCUCGAGGGCUUCAAACCCAAAGAUAAGCGCGUCUGGUUUUUACAAGAUUGGUGGUCAAGCGGAUGCCUUCGUAUUAGCCCUCUCUACUGCUCUCCCAUUAACGGCACAACCGAUGGUUUCUUGCAAAAGAACGACAUAUCCUUAGCUGAGGAAAAAGCAGUUUCAUAUUCCCAAUACCCAACUCUACCAACAUGCAGAUCUGCAUGUCUGGAAAAUUGCUCCUGCAAAGCCUUCGAUCUCACUAACUCUACUCCUCCCAUCUGUAGAAUGUGGUUUGGGGAUCUGUUCAAUGUUCGCGUUGCAUCAAACAACCAACCCAUCUUCCUUCGCAUGGUUGCGUCUGAGUUGCAACAAUCCAUAUCCAGUGGAGGAAGUAACCAAGGUCGUGUCCUUUCAAUUUCACUUCCUGUCAGCACUGCUUUCAUCCUUGUUUUGGCUUUCCUUGUUAUAAUAUUUCUUCUGAGGAGGCGUGGAAUGCUGGGCAAGGGAGGAGAUAUGGAAGGUCAUGAGCUGCUGUCUACUUCGCUGAGAACAUUCACUUACAAGGAGCUGCGAAUUGCAACCAACAAUUUCAGAGAUAAGUUAGGGAAAGGAGCAUUUGGCUCUGUCUUCAAAGGAUCUCUCCCAGACGAUACGCUUGUAGCAGUUAAAAAAUUAGAGGGCUCUAAACAGGUAGAAAAACAGUUUCGUGCAGAAAUAAGCACGAUUGGAAACAUACAACAUGUCAAUUUGGUGCAGCUUUGCGGAUUUUGCAUAGAAGGAUCACAAAGGCUGCUAGUUUACGAGUACAUGCCCAACGGAUCUCUCAAUUCAUUUCUCUUCGCUGGACCACAAAAGUUGUUGGAGUGGAAGACAAGAUUCGAGAUCGCUCUAGGCACUGCACGAGCUUUAGUUUAUCUCCACGAGGAAUGCAGAGAUCAAAUCAUCCACUCCGAUAUAAAGCCCGAGAACAUUUUGCUGGAUAGCGAUUUCACCGCAAAGGUAGCUGAUUUUGGCCUGGCAAAGUUAGUGGGAAGAGAUUUCAGCAGGGUUUUGACAAGCAUGAGAGGAACUCGAGGUUACAUUGCUCUCGAGUGGCUCGUUGGCUUAGCAAUUACUGCCAAGGCAGACGUGUAUAGCUUCGGCAUGAUGGUGCUGGAGAUAAUAUCGGGUCAAAGAAAUGUGGACAUGAGCAUGAAGGAACAGACUAAGCAGUACUUUCCUUCGUGGGCUGCAACUCAAAUUCAAAAUGGAAACAUGAUGAGUAUUGUGGACGAAAGAAUUGCAGAGCAUGCGGAUGUUGAGGAGGUGAGAAGAGCUACACUUGCAAGCUUGGUAUGCAUUGCAAAGGAUGAGAAUGAGAGGCCAAGCAUGGCUCAAGUUCUACUGAUUCUCCAUGGCAAGAUGGAUGUUGAUACACAAGUAGUCAUGAGAUCUCUGCAGUAUCUAGUUAACCUCUAUUAG